GGCCGAUUGCCAGUCUUCCACCUUCCAUUGUUGGGAAGUGCAGCACCCGGGCCUGGAGAGAGAGAGAGAGCGACGGAGGCAACAGCCGGCCAUCUUCACCACCCACCUUCUGCCAUGUCCUCUUGCGUACGCCGGAUUCCUCUAACAGGGCCUUUCAUCUUCUUCUUCUUCAUCUUUUUCCGUUCUCCCGCGCUUGCUUCUGAGUCGGAUCACAAGUAUCAACCAGGGGAAUCAGUUGUUCUCUGGGUAAACAAAGUUGGCCCUUAUAAUAAUCCACAAGAAACAUAUAAUUACUAUAGCCUUCCAUUUUGUCACCCAUCUGGGGAAUCUGCUCACAAAUGGGGUGGUCUUGGUGAGGUCCUUGGUGGAAAUGAACUUAUUGACAGUCGGAUCGAAUUAAAGUUUCAGAGAAAUGUGGACAGAACUACCAUUUGUCAUCUUGAUCUUGAUGAAACAACGGUUAAACAAUUCAAGGAUGCAAUCAAGAGCAGUUACUGGCUUGAAUUCUUUAUGGAUGAUCUGCCUUUAUGGGGCUUUGUUGGAGAGCUGCAUUCAGACAAGAAUAGUGAAGAUGAAAAACAUGUUCUGUACACUCAUAAGAAUAUUAUUGUUAAAUACAACAAAGACCAGAUUAUUCAUGUGAAUCUUACUCAAGAAAGCCCAAAGUCCUUGGAGGUUGGAAGAUCUUUGGACAUGACAUAUUCUGUCAAAUGGAUACCUACCAAUGUCACUUUUGCCCGCCGCUUUGAUAUCUAUUUGGAUUAUCCAUUUUUUGAGCACCAGAUCCAUUGGUUUUCUAUUUUUAACUCCUUCAUGAUGGUCAUCUUCCUUACUGGUUUGGUGUCAAUGAUAUUAAUGCGGACUCUUAGAAAUGACUAUGCAAAAUAUGCUCGGGAGGAUGAUGAUCUGGAGACUCUGGAACGGGAUGUCAAUGAAGAGUCUGGCUGGAAGCUUGUUCAUGGAGACGUUUUUAGAUCUCCUCGUGGUCUAGUUAUUCUUUCAGCUGUUGUGGGCACAGGUGCUCAGCUUGCAGUACUUGUUCUUCUCGUUAUCUUAUUGGCAAUUGUUGUAAUGUUGUAUGUCGGGAGGGGGGCAAUUAUCACAACUUUCAUUGUAUGCUAUGCACUUACAUCAUCUCUAUCAGGUUAUGUGAGUGGUGGAAUGUACUCACGCCAUGGUGGUAAAAGUUGGAUAAAGUCGAUGAUCCUCACAGCCUCUCUAUUUCCCUUCACAUGCUUUGGAAUCGGCUUCGUUUUGAACAUGAUUGCUGUAUUCUAUGGUUCUUUAGCAGCUAUUCCAUUUGGCACCAUGGUCGUUGUUUUUGUCAUUUGGGCUUUCAUUUCUUUCCCUCUGGUACUUCUCGGUACAGUUGUUGGAAGAAACUGGAGUGGCACUGCAAACAACCCUUGCCGUGUGAAGACCAUCCCUCGUCCAAUUCCUGAGAAGAAAUGGUACCUCACGCCGUCUGUGGUCUCAUUGAUGGGUGGAUUGUUGCCCUUUGGCAGCAUCUUCAUUGAGAUGUAUUUUGUCUUCACAUCUUUCUGGAAUUACAAGGUGUACUAUGUCUAUGGCUUUAUGCUGCUGGUUUUUCUGAUUCUCAUUAUUGUUACUAUUUGUGUCACAAUCGUUGGGACAUACUUCUUGCUCAAUGCUGAGAACUAUCACUGGCAGUGGACUUCUUUCUUCUCUGCUGCAUCAACCGCUGUUUAUGUGUACUUAUACUCAAUAUACUACUACUAUGUUAAGACAAAGAUGUCAGGCUUCUUCCAGACCAGCUUCUAUUUUGGAUAUACCUUGAUGUUCUGUCUUGGAUUAGGAAUUUUAUGCGGAGCUGUGGGCUACCUUGGCUCCAACUUGUUCGUGAGGAGGAUCUACAAAAACAUCAAGUGCGAUUAGGGGUUGAUACAAGAGAAAAGAAGACCACACUUAGCUUCACUUUCCGCUUCAUCGUGUCGAUGUUGUUUCGAAAAUCGUGAGAGGAAGCGAUUGUAUCAUAUAGCAGGCAGGAGAUGUCUUCUUGCAAACGCCUGUUGGAUUGAACUCACAGGGUUAGUGUUUGUGGGUGCAUGGUUUUUAUGCAUUAGGAGUGCCCAAUUUUGUUCUUUUUUUCUUUUGUGAUUCACAUUUCCUCGGCUGUAAGUGAUAUCUCGGUCAUGAGAAGGGCAGAGAUUGUUUCUUUUUAAGGCUUAGAAAGGUUAUAUAUUCAUUUUUUCAUGCCCUCCCUCUACACAUCUUUGCCCAUUUUUUGGACACAAAGCUCCACUGGAAGGAGUUUCCUUGUGCUUAACUUUACUUCAAACAGAACUCACAUGUUUUAAAAAAAAAAUUGUUUUUUCUUUC